AUACGUCGCAAAUACAACAAUCUUCAAACCGAUCUUAUAAAUGAGCAACAACGAAGAUAUAAUGCAGAAGCAGAACGAGAUAUACGUCAAACAGAGUUAACACAAACUCAAGGAGAUCUCAACUUAAUAACUACUGCAUAUAAUAGUGAAAGAGUUAUCGAUCUUAAAUGGGGAAAGUGGAAAAAUAGAAUUUUAAAUUUGCAGGGACAAAUUUUAUUGUUACAAAAUAACCCACAAAAUAUGGCAGAAGGUGUACCAAAUGAUGAUGCACGAAUAUUAGGAACUCUCAAGACACAUUUAUCAAGUGAUCGAGAACUUUAUAGUUGGAUGAGAAAUGAAAAUAUAGCAGGAAUUGAUGAAUUUUUCAUUAUAUUGAAAAAUAUGUGGCUUGAACGUUCUAGUUUAUAUGUAGAUCAAAACUCUGAUUAUGUACAAUCAAAGAAAAAAUCAUUUACAAAGCAAAACGACAAUGUUCAAAGUUCACAGCCUGCUAGUAAUAUUCUACAACCUACGGUUUCACAACCAGCAUUCCCUUCGUAUGAUGAAAUGCAAAAAUCUUUUCAAGCUAUGUUUGAUAAACAGGAUGCUAAACAUAAAGCUGAGAUUAAGAUGGAGAAAUUGAAAGCUGAGUUCGAAUCAAAAAUGAGUCAACAACCCAAAAAAUCUCGUCCUCCAGUUCCACCCAAGGAUUACGAACAAUUACUCGGAUUUUAUGAAGGGGCGGGAGAUCCUAGAUGGUCAAAUCCUUCUAGAGAAGAAAGACUAGAGUGGAUGGAUAAAGCUUUCCCCCCUCCCAUAGCAACUAAACCAGAACGAUUGCGAUCAACAAACCAAUCUACUAGAAUAAAUAGAAUGGAGGAAGGGCUCAAUGAAACUCGUGAAGCUAUGAACCAGUUAACUGAAGAAUUCCAGAAACUAAAUAUACGUAAAGGCAAUAUUGCAAAAUCUAAUUUUGAUCGAUCUUAUUUUACUCCUCUUAAACCCAUUAAUUUAUAUUCUAAUUUAGCGAAUGAGGAAGAUAAAGAGGGGGGAAAAAAAAAACAACUACUAGAUGCAAAGGCAUACUCACUCUGUGAGACACCAAAAAAUCCUGAAACAUAUGAUGAACUAUUGCCAAAGCUUUCACCAGCAAUGCGUAAAAUGUGCCAGUCCCAUACAGUUCAGAAAAAAGAAUCAAAAUCAGAUAAGUGGUUUUCAUCUUUACAAUACCUGAAUGCUAGUAUAAAUGAUUUAUCUAUUUCUGAAUCUUUUUUAGAUAAUGGAAGUGAAUUUGGAGCCUUGAAUGAUGCAACAAUUAAUGCCCUUGGAUGGAAAGCUGAUAAGCCUUCUAAUUUCGAUAUAAAAGGUAACUCUAAAUAUAUCACUGAAUCAUUAGGAUGGUUUACAGAUGUGCCAGUCACUAUAAAGGAUAAGGAUGGUAAAACAGUUACAGCUAGUGGAAAUUUUACACGUAUUGAUAACGGUGAACCAAAACCAAUGUUAUGUUUAG